CUCUUAGUAGCGCUAUGCAUAGUGUAUGCGACAUCUCUAUCGCCGCUCACAGCACCAGCCGAUGAUGACUGCGCGCUAUACCUCACAGGUCCAGGCCGUUCUUCAGCUUACGACUACAGUUUGAAUCUUCUCAAAGGAAACUUUGCAUAUGAUGGACAACACACUUGCAUAACAUACGAAGCUAUCAAUCAAGCGUAUCUUGAUGCGCGGAACAGAAUUCUGGUAUCUCAACCGAAGGGCGACUGGCAAGCCGAAGAUUUUGCCAGCGUCGGAGAACUUAUUCUCGACAUUUCAAUUACUUUAGCACGAACAUAUGGCUUAACUUACGAAGAAAUCGAAAAGGGCUUGCCAUUGAUCGAUACUUCUCGGACGUUGAUCCGUGAAGUGUGCCCGCCUGUUUUCUCGCAUGUCGAGUGCCGCGCUGGAAAAUACCGCCGACUGGACGGCCUAUGUAAUAACUUGAGACAUCCUACAUGGGGAGCUACAAUGGCGCCUUUCCAAAGAUUAAUUGGUCCACUUUUCGCCGAUGGCAUCAAUGCGCCUCGUAUUUCACAUACAGGACGCGAUUUACCAUUGUCCCGUGUGGUUUCCCGGACCAUGCACCCUGAUGAAGGAUUUCACGACCACGCUGGUACUGUUAUGGUGAUUGCAUGGGGUCAAUUCAUGGACCACGAUUACACACUUACAGGAACCCCUCUUGAUCCCGUCCAUCGUAACGACCCCGAAGAAUGCUGCAAGCGUCCUCAGCAUCUCAAGCAUCCGUACUGUAACGAGAUCCGAGUCCCCGACGACGACUACUUCUACCGCCUGUUCGGCGUCAAGUGCAUCGAUUUCGUUAGAGGUUUCCCCUCGCCGAGACCAGGCUGUCGUCUGGGUUCACGAGUUCCUUUUAACACUUUAACUGGAGCCAUUGAUGGAAAUACUGUGUACGGUGUCACUGAGAAAUUCUCGAGAAAACUACGUACUGGUUAUGGAGGGCUCCUUCGUAUGAAUCCCGUUUUUAAAGAAUACGGACUGAAAGAUCUUCUACCACUCAAACUUGAUAUACCCGACGAAGGUUGCACAAGGCCUAAUAAAAAUAUGUACUGCUUUGAAGCCGGUGAAAUUCGUGUAAACGAACAGCUGGUACUGACAGUGAUGCACACUUUAAUGGCCAGAGAACACAACCGAGUAGCAGAAGGUCUUGCAGCCGUCAACCCACAUUGGGACGACGAGACAUUAUUCCAGGAAGCUAGGAGAAUCAACAUCGCUGAAAUUCAACACAUAACGUAUAAUGAAUUUUUACCCAUUCUACUUGGAAAAGAUGUAAUGGAAAAAUUCGGUUUAGUGCUUGAAAAAGAGGGUUACUGGGAUGGAUAUGAUCCUGAAGUAAAUCCAGAUGUUAUAGAUUCUUUUGCUGCGGCCGCUUAUCGUUUCGGACAUUCUCUGUUACCUACUGCUGUUGAAAGAUGGUCCAAAGCUCAUAAAUUUAUAGCGUCGAAGAGAUUGUCGGAUCUAAUCCGCAGACCGUAUGACUUAUACAGAGCUGGUGUUCUUGAUGAAUAUGUUAUGGGAUUAAUGAAUCAAGUUGCUCAAGCUAUGGACGACUCAAUCACACAGGAAGUUACAAACCAUCUCUUCAAGAAAGUCGGAGCCCGUUUUGGAAUGGAUUUAGUAUCAUUUAACAUGCAAAGAGGUCGUGAAUUCGGGCUACCUGGCUAUAUGGAAUUCAGAAAGUUCUGCGGUUUAUCCGGAGCAAACUCUUUCCAAGACUUAUUUGGUUCCAUGCCCAACGAAACUAUCCAUAAAUACGAGUCGAUCUUUGAACACCCUAUCGAUGUUGAUUUAUGGUCAGGCGGUGUUUCAGAAAGACCUCUUCCUGGUUCAAUGUUAGGACCCACUUUCGCUUGUAUCAUAGCUACUCAGUUCUCUUAUUCGAGGCGAGGUGAUAGAUUUUGGUUCGAAUUGCCAAACCAACCUUCUUCCUUUACGCCUGAACAAAUGGUCGAAAUUAGAAAAUCACGCCUUGCACGUGUAAUAUGUGAUAAUACUGAUAUUAUUGAUACAGUACAACUAUACCCCAUGGUGUUGCCCGAUCAUGAACUAAAUCCACGAGUACCGUGUAGAAGUGGUAUUAUACCGUCGAUGGAUUUCAGUAAGUGGGCUGAUCCUGUGCCUUUCUUAGGAGGCGCUAAACAAUACGUAACAGAUGCUUACAUAUAUAACAUCACAAAAGACCACGAAAAUACUACUAAAGAUGAUGUUAAUGCGCAAAAAAGUACUACAAAUAAAUCUGAACAAAGUAAUAAUACAGAUUUCAAUAUAGCUUUACAUCAAUUAAACGUAGUAACUGAAAAUUAUAAGGGAAAUGUUCUUCAGGAAACUGUCAAUGGAACAGAUUGCCUAAGUGAGACCAAUAUUUGUAAUGAUGCAAAGAAAACAAAAGGUCAUAUUAAAAAUAGUUUAAAAAGAAAGAAGAGGAACGCUGUAAAUGAAAACACAAAACUUGCUCCUUUAUUAUAUAAUUCAAACAUAAAACACGUAAAUGAAAAAAGAGAAGAAGAGCUUGAUUUAUCACUACGCACUCCAGGUGGAUUUAUAAAAAGAGACAACUUGGCAGAUUUUAAUAUCGAAACAGUACAUGAAAAUACACAUCAGCCUAGUAGUUCGACAUUAGAAGAUAGUGACAAAUACAAUAAAAAUGGCGUAAAUAGUCAUUUACUAGAACACAGAAAAAUUGUGGGAGACAGUGAUGAAAAUUCAAGUGAGAAUACUGAUGAUAAAUUUACUCGAAGACAAGAAUUAAAAGAAAACGAUGUGAGUGGUGAGCAAUAUUUGAGAAAGCAAUCGAGUCUUUCUCAUGGAAGAAAUGAAAAUUUGAAUAUUGAGAAUAAUCACAGUGGCGAAGAAAAAGACCAAUAUACAAAGAAAGACAAAGAUACAUCUACUGAAGAAUUUCAUCAAACUGAGCCUAAAUCAAGUGAGGAAUCAAUUGAAAAUGACAGUGUUGAAAUAAAACAACAAUAUUCACAAAACAAGAACAAACUUAAUGGUCAUGCGGCAAGUGACAAUUUCAACAACUCCGGUGCUAUUCAAGAUGUUGAUUUAGGUAAUUUUAGUUACGAAAGCAUUGAUGUUAAUGAUAAAGGACAAGUUAUAGCAGCUAAAGAUUCACACGACAAUUAUUAUAAUGAUUCAGACGUAAAAAGUAACGACAAAAAUAAAACUUUUUCGAGAAUAACAAAUGAACAUCGAGAAAACACACAUGAAAAUAUUAAUGAAUCGAAUGAAAAUUCUGCUGAAAAUGAAAAACAUAUUAAUAUCAAUGACGGUGAAGUAAAGCCAGUAAUAGAACUUAAUAACGAAGAUAGUGAUGAAGAAAGUGACGAAAACUCUAAGGAAGCUCUUAACGCAAAUUUAAGAGAGAACGUAGACAUAAAUACUAAUGCUGAAUCAAAUUCACAAGAAAUUGAAUCUCAUGACGAUAAAACUAAUGUUAAACAGCAGUUUGAACGGAUACCUCCGAAUUAUGUACACAAAGAUACGAAAUCAAAUGAAAAUGAAGAAUCUGAUGGUACACUAGACACAAUUUCUCCUAAAAGUGAUAAUUUUGAUGAACAUUUAAAUAUUAAAUUUAGUGACAUAACUAUCAAAUUACCAGAAAUAAAAUUACCGGAUGACGUUUUACUUUACGCGAAAGAAGAACCUGAUUAUGAAAAUGAAAAGGACAAAAAGGAAAAUAGGUAUUUUCAUUAUGAAGACAGUGACGAAGAUUCGGAAGAACAUUCAGAAAAACCAAAUAGUGAGAAAAAUAAAAAUGAUGAUCAAGAUGAGUUUUAUACACCAUACUUUUAUGGAUCUAAUGAAGAGUUGCAAAAUCAACACCAUAAAAAUACCUAUGAUGAAGCUAACACCGACAGCGAAGACUUGUACGAAAAAUUCGUGCGUGAACGUUUUGGCAAGGUAAAAUUGUCAAAAAAGAAGUCUAAAAAAUUACAAGAAAUAGAUAAACCUACUAAUCCAAAAUUAUUCGAAAAGAUUCAAAAAAUGCUAAAAAAGGCUAAUGAUUUACAAGAAGAAGCUGAAAAAAGUGGUGAUCCAAAAUCUGGCUAUUUAUGGACUUUAGAAUAUGGUGAAAAUUUGUAG